AUGCCUCGAUCGGUGAAACACGGUGGAAAGAAAAGCAAAAAAGUGCGCCACAACAUGAAAAAUGUGGUGACCGCACGGAAGAAGACCGCCAAGAAGCAGAAACUCCUCAAAACGCAAUGUCAACAAAUCAAGGAAGCUUGGGACAAGGACAAAACAUUGGUGCAAAACAUCACCGAGAUGGGACUCGUCACCGAUCUCAAUAAAGCUGUGCCCAUCAAACAGUCUUUCCGUCGCGGAAUUGAUCAAAUACCAAUGGAGCUCGGUUCGGUGCAAGAGGCGAAAAAGAAGGGAUCCGUUCAGAAACAAAAAGCGGCUAAGUCUGGCGCCGUUCUCGGCUCACUAGAGAAGGAAGCAAAAGAAUUGGAGGACAAACAAUCGGGCCGAAAAACGAAACUUCUCGACAGGGACAUGGAGUUCUGCAUUUAUAUGAUUGAGAGGCAUGGUGACGAUUAUUCGGCGAUGGCACGAGAUUCAAAGAAUCUUUUCCAAGAGACGCCGAAGCAAAUUCAGAAAAAACUACGCAUCUACAAAGAAUCCCCGUAUUACAAAGCUCUCGAAUCAAUGGAACCC